UUAUUAAAUUCCACUGAUGAAAUGUACUGUUUGCUAGCCACGCUGCGCACGUUAUUCGGAAAUGUAGCUUACCAAGAAGAACAGCUACCCUAUUUUGAGAAGAAAGGAAAGGAAGAGGUCUGUCCUCUACUAGAGCAGUUCCUGUGUCAUGUUGCCAAGACCGGACAACCUCUGAUCCCCUGGUCACAGUUCAAAAUGUAUUUUAUGUUUAAGUUAGAAAAAGUCAUCAGUGACUUCCAUGACUCCUCGCCAGAACAGAGAACAUUACGGAAUCCCAAUGUGGAUUAUGUUCCUUUUGAGGAAAUGAAGAGACGGAUUUUAAAGAUCGUGGACGGUUACAGUGGAGUUCCUUUCACCAUCCAGCGUCUUUGUGAACUCCUUACAGACCCAAAGCGGAAUUACACAAGUACAGACAAGUUUCUCAGAGGUUUAGAAAAAAACGUAAUGGUGGUCAGCUGUCUGUUCCCCACAUCAGAUCGAAAUGUGAAUGGACCCAGCACCCCAAAAACACACAACAGACCAAAGCUGUCACUGUCGACUUCACUUUCCACAAACGGCCUCCCCGACUGUUCAGUCAGUAAAGAACCGCAGUCAGCCACUGAAAUGGAAGAGCACCACACAAGUGACGCCUCAUCACCGGAGAAGGACACAACAUUAAAAGCUGGGCUAAAGAGCAAAAACCCUCCUCCUGAGGAGGAUUCUGGUCAACUUGCGGCCAAGAGACUAAAGAUUGACGUAAAUCAAGAGAAGGAAGCAGCAAGCGAAGAAAAUGACUCGUUGUGUCAUAAUGGAUCAGAAAGCUCCUCAGAGUCACAGGACUCUUCAGAAAGGUCUAGUGAAGAAUGCAAAGGGGAAUCUGCUCACGGCACACCAAGUACGCUAGGCGCUCUGUGUACGGAGCCCAGCAGUAAAACAGAAUCCUCUGAGGAGGCAGGAGAUUUAUCGGAGGAAGGAGCUGAGCACUCCGUUCUGAGUGACAGUAGCGAGGACCAAUCGGAGCACUCGACUCCAACAGCGCCGACUGCAAGCUUUGAGGAGAGAAGUGAAGAGAGCAGCAGCAGCAGUGAUGGAGAGGGCUUAACCAGCGUCAAGCAAGUGUCUUCAACCAGCACUUCCCCUGACCUGUCAACAGAGGGCAGUGCUGACACUUCAGAGAGCCCAAAGACUGCAACAGAGCCGGAGGAGCAGCACUAACUUGAAGGCCAGCAUGCCAACUGACUUUUCUGCUCCCUUUUUUUUUUUUUUUCACACUGUAUGAUACCACACCAAGGGUAUAUCUGUAGCACUGAGGACUUUCAGGCAUCCGGACCAAGAGUGACGUUGACCUUUAGACUUUCCACAGACGUGUUGGUCUACUUCAGUUCCAGCUUGUCAUGGCCACUCACAGCCAGGUCUUUCAAACUGAAAGGAGACAAUUCAAACCACAUCAAGGAGACUGCCUAUUUUUCUUUUGAAUAAUACAGAUUUGUAAUCUUUUUUUUUUUUGUAUCUGAAAAUUGUAAUUUAAUCUUGAUAAUUUAUCCAGUAGCUUCAUUUUUAUUUGGCAUUUAUUUCUAAAGAGAUCCUGUGGCAGACUUGUGUUUUCACUUAAGCACAGUAGUUUAAAUUUUACGUUUUAGAAUUACUCCGUUUCUCCAGGUGUCCUGUCAUUAAUGAUGUAUUUUUGCAUUUUGUAUGAAGCACACACCAUGAAAUCCAUUUCGUUAUCUUGCACUUGGUAAGCUUGACCCCCUGAAAGAUGUGGAAACUCUUACUUUGUAACUGUAUGAAGUCAGUAUAACGCAGUCGUGCCAGUAGUGACCACUUUCAUUAGUUACACACAACUUUGGUUUGGUGUGAAGGUAGCAACGUCUGCAAAACACAAGGUACUUACACUUCCUGUAUGUCACAUAUUAGUUCGACAGCUAUAACUUUUGAUAAUUAGGAUUUUUACGAAACAUCCCUGUUUUUGUAGACUUUUAAUACAUGUCCACUGCCUUUGUAAAAUUGCUGAAAAUGGAAGGCUCAAGCUUGUAUGAUAGUAUUCGUGGAAAGCAAUAAAUGCUCAAAUCUGGUGUGUUACAGGUUGUGCAUUUUAGUUGCAAAUUGUGUCUAAUCUUUGCAGAAUCCUUGGGUGGAACAGCUGGGAAUAAACUGACUGGUUUUUUGAGUCUGGAAUAUUUGUCAAAUAGACACUUUUUUUUUUUUUUAGUACUUUGUGGCACGUCUUUGAAUAUGUACUUAAAGCAAAAUGAAAAACUUAAAGACUCA